AUGUUUGAGGUUACGGAAUAUGACACUUCGCAUCCUGAAGAUGAUUCGAGGAGCUCGUUGAGUAACUGUUUCUCGUCAUGUGGAGGGGUCACUGAGGUGGUUUUAUUCCCCAAUAAACAUGGCCUAAUAUCCGCGAAUAUGCCCUCAUAUCUAUUCAUGGAGAAGGCGCUGAAGAGAAGGCCAUGCAACUUAGUGGAAGUGAUCACAUGGUGUCCGUUUACUUGUGAUGCAAUGCAGCCUCCUCUUUCUUGUGUUUCUUUUUACUGA